UUCCUAUACCAAUAGAAAAAGAAAAAUUAACAAAGAAUGAACCCUCAAACUCCAAAACCACUGAAGAAGCGGCUGAAUGAGGAGCAAGUGCGGCUUCUAGAAGCCAGCUUCGACGCCGCCAAGAAGCUCGAGCCGGAGCGCAAGUUCCAGCUGGCGCGGGACCUCGGGGUCCCGCCCCGCCAGAUUGCCAUCUGGUACCAGAACAAGCGCGCCCGCUGGAAGACCCAGAGCCUCGAGCUGGACCACGGCGUCACCCAGGUCCGGCUCGAGGCCGCGCUGGCCGACAAAAGAGAGCUCGAGAAGGAAGUGGACAUGCUCCGCGCCGAGCUGAGGCGAGCUCAGGACAUGUUGAUCGGCUUCAGGCAGGCUCAAGCUGGCGGCGGCCGGGUGUCGGCGGUCUCCAGCUGCUGCGACGAGGAUGGCGGCGGCGGCGGCUCGAGCCAUAACGAUGACUCGGCGAACUGGCCGAAUGUGGAAGAGCUAUAUGCUUGUUUGGUGCCAAAGGGGCAAAAUUGUCCGGUUUCAGAAGUUGUCAAUGAGAGAGAUUAUUGGGUGUAAUGUAAUGUAACUUAGCUUACUAUUUUUAGUAUCAUCAUCGGUUUAAUAAAGUGUUAAUUUUAUUUUGAUCA